AUGUUACUUGCUUUGCAGGUGGAUUUUGAUGGUAAGCCUGACUCCUUGUUCUUCAGCGAUGGGCAGCGAAGAAUUGACUUUGUUUUGGUGUAUGAAGAUGAAAGUAAAAAAAUGACUCAUAAGAGGAGUGAUCGUAAAAAGCAAAAGAGGAAGAGACAAGUAUAUGAAUCAAACCUGAUAAACAACGGCUUGCAACUUGAAGCAACAAGAUCGGUUUUGGAUGAAAAGCUUAUUUUUGUAAAAGUGCAUGCGCCUUGGGAAGUGCUGUGCACAUAUGCUGAGGUUCUGCACAUAAAAUUGCCUCUGCAACCCAACGACCUGAAAACCCGAGACUCAGCUUUCAACUGGUUUAGCAGACUCUUCAGAGUGGAUGAAAAUAUCAUCAAACCUGAGCAAGAGUUUUUCACUGCCCCUUUUCAAAAGGAGCUUUUGUCCAACUUUUAUAUCCAAGACAAAGACACAUUUUUCAAUCCUGCAACUAGAAGCCGAAUUGUUCAUUUUAUCCUGUCCCGUGUGGAAUAUGCAACCAAAAACAAUGUGAAAAAGUUUGGUAUUAACAAAUUACUGGACACUGGAAUCUACAAAGCAGCAUUUCCCCUUCAUGACUCUAGUUUUAGGCACCUGUCAACCGAUCCCAACUGCCCAAGUGAACGGUAUCUUCUCUACAGAGAAUGGGCUCAUCCCAAAAACAUUUUCAAACUGCAGCCCCUGGAUUUCAUCAGGAAAUACUAUGGAGAGAAAAUUGGAAUCUACUUUGCUUGGCUGGGUUUUUACACUAACAUGCUGAUCAUGGCUGCAAUUGUAGGAGUCGGCUGUUUUCUGUAUGGGUGCCUGACAAAGGACAACUGCACAUGGAGCCAAGAAGUAUGUGAUCCCAGCAUAGGCGGUAAAAUCAUAAUGUGCCCUCAGUGUGAUAAAGUAUGUACCUACUGGAACCUCACCAUCACUUGUGAAUCAUCCAAGAAACUCUGUAUAUUUGAUAGCUUUGGAACACUGGUGUUUGCAGUAUUUAUGGGAAUAUGGGUUACUUUGUUUUUGGAAUUUUGGAAGCGACGGCAGGCUGAACUGGAGUAUGAAUGGGACACAGUCGAGUACUUAGAGCAAGAAGAACAAGUUCGCCCAGAAUAUGAAGCUCGAUGCACUCAUGUAGUAAUGAAUGAAAUCACACAGCAAGAAGAACACGUGCCAUACACUGCCUGUGGGAAGUGCAUACGGAUGACCUUCUGUACGAGUGCUGUCUUCUUCUGGAUUCUUUUGAUUAUUGCUUCAGUUAUUGGAAUCAUUGUCUACAGGCUCUCAGUUUUCCUGGCAUUUUCUGCAACGUUGUCACAGCACAUUAGUGGAACAGAGGCGAUCCGCAAGUACCUGACUCCACAGACAGCCACUUCAGUAACUGCUUCACUCAUCAGCUUUAUAGUCAUUAUGGUUCUCAACAUCAUCUAUGAAAAAGUAGCAAUCCUGAUUACUGACUUUGAGCUUCCAAGGACACAAACUGAUUAUGAAAACAGUCUGACCACAAAGAUGUUCUUGUUUCAAUUUGUCAACUACUAUUCUUCAUGCUUCUACAUAGCCUUCUUUAAGGGCAAAUUUGUAGGUCACCCUGGAAAUCCAGUUUAUUGGCUAGGAAAGUAUCGCAAUGAAGAGUGUGAUCCAGGAGGAUGUCUCCUUGAACUCACAACUCAGCUUGCCAUCAUAGUAGGAGGUAAAGCAAUCUGGAACAACAUUCAAGAAGUGCUUCUCCCUUGGGUUAAGAAUCUAAUCGGAAGAUACUGUGCAGCUGCUAGAUCAGAAAAAGUCAUUCCACGCUGGGAACACGACUACCACCUGCAACCCAUUGGAAAACUUGGACUGUUUUACGAGUAUCUUGAAAUGGUUAUACAGUUUGGCUUUGUCACUCUGUUUGUGGCAUCGUUCCCACUGGCUCCUCUUCUGGCCCUUAUUAACAAUAUGUUGGAAAUCCGGUUGGAUGCAUGGAAGCUGACAACCCAGUUCAGGCGCAUGGUUCCACAGAAGGCACAAGACAUCGGAGCCUGGCAGCCUAUCAUGCAAGGCAUAGCCAUUCUGGCAGUGGUCACCAACGCUAUGAUCAUUGCUUUUACGUCUGACAUGAUUCCUCGCCUGGUUUAUUACUGGUCCUUUUCAGUCCCUCCUUAUGGGAGUCACAGCAGUCACACUAUGAAAGGGUAUAUAAACAGUACACUUUCUGUCUUCAAUAUAUCAGACUUCAAGAAUGCAAGCAAGCCAUUUUCCCCAUGGUUUGUAAACCAAACAUGCAGAUACCGAGAUCUCCGCUACCCUCCUGGUCACCAGCACCAGUAUGAGCAUAACAUAUAUUAUUGGCAUGUCAUUGCAGCCAAGCUGGCGUUCAUCAUUGUCAUGGAGCAUGUCAUAUACUUUGUGAAGUUCAUUAUUUCAUACUUAAUUCCGGAUGUAUCACAAAAGACCAAGAGCAAGGUCAAACGAGAGAAGUACCUAACACAGAAACUCUUGCAUGAAAAUGAUCUCAAAAUUGUGAAGAAAAACAUGGGGAAAAUAGCCAACAAAAUUAUCCAAGGAGUAGACAUCACUUUCUGA